GGCACUUACACCAGGUGUGUUUGACUAUCAAAUAACAGAGAAGCUGCUCUCGGUGCAUUUCCAGUCUGUCAGCAGCAGCCGAAGACCAAGAGCAGAAGAGAAUCAGACUGCAUGAAAGCCGAUGAAACAUGAACUGGGCGUUCCUGGAGAAUGUGUUGAGCGGGGUGAACAAGUACUCGACUGUGGUGGGACGGGUCUGGCUCUCCAUCCUCUUCGUCUUCCGCAUCCUGGUGUACGUGGCCGCCGCCGAGCAGGUGUGGAAGGACGAGUUCAAAGACGUCGUCUGCAACACACAGCAGCCGGGCUGCGAGCAGGUGUGCUUCGACCGCUUCUUCCCCAUCUCUCAAGUGCGGUUAUGGGCCAUUCAGCUGAUCACGGUGUCCACCCCGUCGCUGCUGGUGGCUCUGCACGUGGCUUACAGGGAGCACAGAGAGAGCAAGUACAAGAGGAAGCUGUACCAGGACAAGGGCAGCCUCGACGGAGGACUGUUCUUCACCUACAUCACCAGUCUCAUCCUCAAGACGUCCUUCGAGGUGGCCACUCUGCUGGCUUUCUACUUCCUGUACAGCGGCUUCCACGUUCCCCGCUUGCUCCGGUGUGACGAGAGCCCCUGUCCCAACACCGUGGACUGCUACAUCGCAAAAGCCACCGAGAAGAAAAUCUUCCUUUACAUCAUGGGCUGUACGUCUAUACUGUGCAUUGUUCUGAAUGUGUUGGAGAUGAUGUAUAUCAUAUGGAAGCAGUGCUGGAAGUGCUUCAGUAAGAGGUACGCUCCUGUGCACGAGAGACGGCCUCCGUCCACGCUCACUCUCGGCUCACCGCCGCCGCUAGACACGUCUAAAGAGGAAGGACUUCAUUCUGCACCGGCUGGAAGGGAAAGCCCAAAGCUCGCUGCUGCGUGAACGCUUGGGAUAUUUCCAUGUGUGCUACACCAGUUCUUCUCCACUGAUGUCACAGACAGCAAGGCAUCACAAGAACAAACUACAGUCACGUAGAGCUAUGUUAACAGAGCACACAGCUGUAGGAACUUUCAAAGAGGAAGAGCAAAACACUUCUCAUAUCUUUUGUUAUACUGUACUCAAAUUAGAUGUCAACGUGCCCUGAUCCUCACAAACCAUCAACAAAACUGCACUAUAUAGCAACAUACGACCCAGAUGACAUUAAAUACAGGUUCAUUUGAAAUGAGGGUAAGUUUGUCAAACACAGUAUGUUUAAGAAACUGUUGACUUUUACUAUUUUUAUCAAACCUGUCUGUUUCAUUAUUAUUAAGAGAGUCAUGUUGAUCAUUUUGCAUAUAUUUUUUUUCAUGGUAAUGUUAAUAUUUUUAUUUAAUAAAUAAUUGUGGUACUGUCCAAUUACAAAACCAGAUUAGGACCGUUCGGUUAAAUCGUAUAGACCCACUUCAUUUUAUUAACUUUCUAUGUACUUCUAAAUUAAUCAUUUGAUACAAUGCACUUAUUGUGUACUUGCAUUGACCGUUAAUCCUAACCGUACCUAAUCAUGCCCCUAACUUAAACCGUAUUACACCUCAAUAAAGGGUUUUGCAAUUCAACAGGAACAUAAGUACACUUUACCAAACAAUUCAUUAUUUUUUAUCUAAGUACAUAAUAGUUGGUCAAAGACACCUAAUAUAAAGUGGAACCAACUGUAUUUAUGUGGACUGUUUCUUUUACAUGUCUAAAAUAAAUAACCUUGUCAGAUAUCCAAGGUGGAUCAGUGUGUUAUUAAAAAGUAAGUGGCUUGAGAACAGAAAGAAAAACUAAAUGACUACAUCUUUAAAAGCAUUUACCACUAUGUCCUGACAUAUUCAGUCAAUGUCAACAAAUAAUCAACCAUUUUUGUUUCCAUGUA